AGUAGUGUUAUUGAUCACAGUUGUGUCAUUUCCAUAGCUACAAUAUUAAAUAGUAAAAUUGUAUAAUCUUAAAAUAAUACCUCAUUAUUAAAUAAUACAUUAUCACACAUAUCUUUUGGAAGCGGCCAUGCAAUAAAAAUGAUACAAACCGCCAGAAAAUUCCAGAGGAGGAGACCGGAACUUAAAUAUGAACUUGUUUAGCCCGGAACCGUUAGGACAGAACACCACAUAAUACCAUUUGGAGCACAGAAGGAGGUGUGUCGGCUGUAUCGUUCUUCUCUGGGAUGUAAGCACAUUUAUUGGAGAUUCUACUGUUCCAAGACCAUGAUUGAUCAGCCAUGGACCAGAUCACCUUCGAUUAUAAUACUGUGCUGUCAGAUGUUCACAUUCUCCUGCCAAACGCACGUCACCUCAUGACCCGCCUCAACAGUGUUGGCCAGCCUGUUUUUACCUCCAGGUUUGAGAUUUUGUCUGAUAGUGAAAAGCAUGACCAAAAGGAUUUUCUAACAAAGGAAACCAGUGACACUGUGACACAAGUCCCGGAAGAAAAUGAUGGAGAAGUUGGUGAAAGCACUGUUGAAUCUGGAUUGGACGAGGAUGGAGAUUUUGACAUCUCACGUCGACCUAGGACGGAUACUACAGGAGAUGACAACCGAGACAUUAUCUGCCCGGUUAUUCUCAAACAAUCCAACAUAUCCACUCAACUUCAAGAAGUAGAUGCAGAGGAUGAGGCAGAUGACUGUUUUGAUGGCAUUAUACGAAUCGAGCAUACGAUGGCAACGCCCCUGGAGGAUGUCGGUAAACAGGUUUGGAGAGGGGCAGUCCUCUUGGCUGACUUCCUCCUCUCUGAGCCACUCAUGUUCAAAGGGGCGACUGUUGUAGAACUAGGAGCUGGUACUGGUUUAACCAGUAUCGUCAUGGCCACCAUUGCCAAACGUGUCUACUGUACAGAUGUUGGAGAGGACCUUUUAAGCAUGUGUAAGAAAAAUAUAACCUUAAAUGAACACAUGAUCCAUCGUGCAGGUGGUGAAGUGAGAGUGAGACAGUUGGAUUGGCUCAAGUCUGACCUUUGUACAGAUUCUGAUGUGGAAUUUAGCUGGACAGAAGAGGAAGUUGCAGACAUACAUGACAAUGCUUGCUUCAUCAUUGCUGCUGAUGUUUGCUACGAUGACGAUCUGACAGAUGCCCUGUUUCGUACCAUCUAUAGACUGUGCAAUAACUUCAUGCACCCCUGUACCAUUUUCAUCUCUCUUGAGAAAAGGUUGAACUUCACCAUCCGAGAAAUGGAUGUUUCCUGUGAGGCCUACAACCAUUUCAGACACUGUCUAUCCCAACUUGAGGGCCUGGUGGACGGACAGUGCAGCUAUACUGUCCAACAGCUUCCUUGUACUUUCCCCCAGUUUCUUCGGUAUGAACGCAUAGAGCAACUGGAGCUGUGGAAGGUGACUGCUAACAGAGUCCCAGCUGACCAAGCCAAGUCUUGACCUGCACCUGCAACACUACCCUCUCCCAAAAACGUUCUUUAAUCUCUCUCUUUCAGGGUUUUUUGCCGGUUAUUGGCAUGUACCACUGAGCAAUUACCUUAACCACAAUUCAACUGGGAAAAAAAUUGACUAAUUUAAAAUUACAGUGCACCCCCGCAUAUCGUAUUCACGAUUCUGCAUUUGCGACCCCACCAAUUCGCGGAUUUUUAAAAUCAAAACAUGGUGACGUGUGGUGAGGUUCAUGGAUGGUGAUGCACUGAACUCUUGCAGGUUUUUUUUUUAUGUUAAUACAGGUUGUUCAUUAAGAUAAAUUAAUCUGUAUCUGAAUUAGCAGUAUAAAACCCUGAUCGAAGCAUCCCUACUUGUUGUAUAAGUAGACACUUGUUGACAUGGUUGAUGCCUCUCAUCUUAGUUUGCGAAUCAGAUCUCACCGCAAGUCCGAUUACCGAUUACAGUAUAUUCAUUGUACACUGAGAUUUUUAUACAGAUUAUGUAUGAAAUUUCAUGUUUGAGGUAUAACAGUUCGAAAUAGGGCUGAAGUAGGGCAUUUGUGUUUACUUAUGUUUACAACAAUUUUAAGGCAGUCUUCAUUUUUGGGUAGCCUAAUAACAAAUGUGAAGCAUAUAAAGGAGCCAAUUAUCAUUCAUUCAUUCAUUUUCUAUACCGCUUUUCCUCAUGAGGGUCGCGGGGGUGCUGGAGCCUAUCCCAGCUGUCUUUGGGCGAGGGGCGGGACCGGUCGCCAGCCAAUCACAGGGCACAUAUAGACAACAUGGCAACAUGACAACAUCAGCAGUUGUCUUUAAGAACAGCUGAG